CAACACAUUAACUUUGUGUAUUUCAGCUUGGCCAACACUUACUUGACGUGUUUCGAAGACCAAUUCAAGGAGGCCUGUGGUCUAAACUCCCGCGACACGCAAUUCUGGGGUUGCGAAUACGCGCGCGUCAAUGUUUUCACUCGUUUCCCUCAGACUGAUGUGGACUGUGUCUUACCCUACGCAGGCGGCAUGAUCGGAUGA